AUGCCCAGCCCGAGAAUGCCAAGCUUGAUUUACAAUAAUAUGCAAGGCGCCAGUGGAGUACAGAGAAUCCCAGUGCCAUCUACAGAACACUUGCAUGGUACUACUGAAGGAGCACCACUGGAUGACAUCACACCUCAUAUCCUUCGCCUUUGGAAGGCUCGGCAGAUCAUCCAGGAAUUACAAAAGCACAUUGACACAACUCACUAUGGUAUUGGCCUUACAACACUUCUCAAAGUUCGAAAGACCAUGGGUCUUCAACGAACCCGUCAACAAGGUCACACGGUCGAAACCAUUCGCAAUGCUAUGAUUGACUUACACACCACAUACCCAAAUGCUGGAGCACGCGAAAUACACAAUAAGUGGCUUCAGUUUGGUCUUGGUUUGCACACUGGCAUCGAGCCUUUCUCAGGUCGAAUAAUGUGGAUCCAGGUCUGGCAUUCUAACCGGAAUCCGCAGCUUAUUCUGAGUUACUACCUCGACACGAUCGAGGCUCUUGGACAUAUGCUGAUGGUUACUCAGAGUGACCCAGGGUCUGAAAAUUAUGGCAUUGCAAAUGCCCAUACUAUGCUGCGACAGUGGUACGACGCAGCCUUACAUGAUUAUGGGGUCAAUUCUGGUUGGUACGAUUCAAAUAAUACCCUUCAAGUGAUGGUUUUCUGUUGGGUUUUUAUACCAUGGCUUCAGCAGGAGCUGAAUGCAUACCAGGACCGUGUUAACAAUACUGCCAAGCGGCGUGACCGCAAUAAAAUUCUUCCUCAUGGAGUACCCAACCUCAUCUACCAUUCAGCUGAAGACUUUGGCGCCUUGGAUUUCAAGAUUAAAAUCGAACAUGAGGCCCUAGAUCAUGUCCGAAGCCUUUACAUCAAGUCUUCUCAUUCUGUAUUCGACCUGGUUCCAGAGGCUUUCGGAAAAUGCAUCCAACAUUGUUACGACGAUCUCAGCUGCCCAGCUGUCACACAGCAAUCAGCCUGGGACAUAUAUCAGCUCUUACUAGAUGCCCUCUGGGUGGCCGAUGCAUUACCAAACCAAAUUCAGCUGUUGGGCAAAAACUAUGAAGACUUACCUUCUCAUGAGGAGGCCAAUGGUGCCUAUUACAUGGGUGGUGUGGGUGGAGGCCUUGGCCUUGAUACUGAGCACCUUCAUCAGCUAGAUAUCCUUUAGUCUAAUGAUGAGCCUGACAUCCCACUUGGGGCUGAUGAAAAUUUGGUCGGUCUUGAUCAUGCUGGCUUGGUGGUUUGGGAGUUCUCA